AUGUCUCCUCCUCAGAGACAACGCCGCGAUUUUAACAAGUUCCCUACUACUCAGCUCUUCUUCUUGGCUCUUGUCCGAGUCGCUGAGCCGAUCGCCCUCACUUCUAUCUUUCCCUAUGCCUGGAAACUCGUGCUCGACUUCAAUGUAACUGAUCGCGCAAAUGCGUCCUUCUAUGCCGGCUUGCUGAUCUCAGCCUUUGCUUUGGCUGAAUCUUUGACAGGAUUGUAUUGGGGAGGUCUCUCGGACCGCAUCGGGCGCAAGCCUGUUUUGCUCCUGGGAAGUGCAGGCACUAUGCUGUCCCUCCUUUUGGUCGGAAUUUCCACUAAUUUCUGGAUGGCUCUGGCUGGAAGAGCAAUUGGAGGUUUCCUCAAUGGCAACAUCGGUGUCAUUCAAACAAUGGUCGGAGAGCUCACUGUUAACCCCAAGCACGAGCCUCGCGCAUACUCAGUCAUGCCUUUCGUCUGGUCUAUUGGCACAAUCAUUGGCCCUUCGAUUGGUGGAAUCUUCUCAGCUCCUGCCGAUAACUUCCCUGAUGUUUUUUCACCUCACGGAAUCUUCGCCAAGUUCCCUUACCUGCUUCCAAACUUGAUUUGCGCAGCAUUGAUGCUGUUCUCAAUUAUUUGCGGAUUCUUCUUUCUUGAGGAAACUCACCCUGACAUGCAACCCUGGAGUACUGUUGACGAUCUCCAGCACACUGAAGCCGAAACUCCACUUUUCGCUGCUCAGGCCGGAACAACCACAGCUGCAGUCGACUUGCGCAAUGAGUCUUAUGGUACCUUCAACAAGGUUGUCCAAGACCAGGAAUGGAACGUCAUGCCCGACGGAACGGAUGCGCCAAAGGAAGCAGAGCCUCAGGAUCAAGUUGUCUUUACUAAGCGUGUGGUUAUGUUGAUUAUUGCUCUCGGCAUCUUCACAUACCACAGCAUGUCCUACGAUCACCUCCUGCCCAUCUUUUUCCAGGACUCGCGUGUGGAGAGCAGAGUUCAUGGAAGCAAGCUAAGUUCAAUGGCAGGCGGUCUCGGAUUGACAAUUCAAGAUGUAGGCGUCGUCAUGUCCGUGAACGGCAUCAUCGCACUCGGCGUCCAAGCAAUUGUUUUCCCUCUGGCUGCAGCUUGGCUGGGCGUUUGGAAGUUGUUCAUCGUCACCACUAUCUUGCACCCUCUUGCUUACAUUAUUGUGCCUUAUUUGGUGCUUCUCCCCGAAGAGUGGCUUUACCCCGGCAUCUACGCUUGCCUCACCGUUCGCAAUAUCUUUGCCAUUCUCGUUUACCCAGUCAUCCUUAUCUUGCUGAAGGAAGCUUCUCCUGCGCCCUCCUGUCUGGGUAAGAUUAACGGAUUGGCAGCUAGCACUGGCGCGGCCUGCCGCACUCUGGCUUCUCCUAUCGCAGGUAUUCUCUACGGUAUCGGCAUCGACAUUGAUUUCACAGCUCUUGCAUGGUGGGUCAGCGGUGGUGUUGCUAUUGUCGGUGCUAUCCAGGUCUUCUUCAUCAACCGCAAGAAGAGCAGUGAAUGGCAUCAAGUGCGCGCUCGUGCUCCCUGCCGUUUCAUGCCUCCCGAAGAACACAGACAGGAUAUUGUUCACAUUGUCGUCCAGGACGAGGAAGAGCAGGAAGUCGAGGCCAACGAGCAGCAGAGACUGUUGGCAUAA